UCAGUUAGAAUGCGGCUACCAAGCUGAAGGUAGAGAACUAGGGAGCUGAGGAAAAGGCCUUAGAUUAAAUGUAAACCAAGUGCUUUGCUCUGUAAAAUUGGUGUUGUAUUAAAACGAAGCUGAAGUACAACUUCACUCUGAGAGACUGGUGGGGAAAAAGACUCGUACUGAUGGGGGAGAUGAGCUGUGCCUUGCGUUUCUGUGCUCUCCUGGCAGUCCUGGGUACCUGCUGGCCUCCCCAGUCUCUGGCGCAAGAGUUGCAGGAGCAAGAUGCCCUGUGCACGGCGGUAGGCUGCUACGCUGUCUAUUUCCAGCGCAAAACCUUUCGUGAAUCUGCUAGGUUCUGCAAGGACAAAGGUGGUUACCUGGCAACCUUGAGGAGUUCUGAGGAGGUGACUGUAGUCCACGAGCUCCUGUCGUUGGUUGAGCAGCGCGGCCCUCGCGCCAGAGUCAGAGUGUGGAUUGGGCUCCACCGCCAGCCGAGGCAAUGCUCAGCCUCCCGACCCCUCAGGGGAUUCCAGUGGAUCACAGGUGAACAGGACACGCCGUACACAAAUUGGGUGAGAGCGGACUCGCCGAACACCUGCGCCGCGCCCCGCUGUGUCGUCAUGACCGUCAACACCGCGGCCGAAACCCGGGACCAGGCGGACAACUUCAAGUGGCUGGAAGGCUCCUGCAUGCUGCCUGUGGAUGGAUUCAUGUGUUACUUCCCCUACAGGGGGAUGUGCCCCACUCUGAAGAGUGAGGGAGGGGGACGCGUCUUGUACACCACCCCUUUCGGCCUGCUAAGUACCGUCCUCACUCACGUCCCCUUUGGCUCGGUGGCCAACAUGCCCUGCCCGGACGGUGAGGAACGAGUAGAAGACCAGUCAGUUCUUUGCAUGCUGAGGGAAGACGGCUAUGUAGGCUGGUCGAAAGACACCCCCCUCUGCUCUCAAGGUGCCCACGACUGGUGUGAAGAGGAAAACGGGGGCUGUGAGCAUUUCUGUCAGAACGCAGGCGCACAGUAUUACUGCGAGUGUUCCGAGGGCUUCACGCUGGCCGAAGACGACCGGACCUGCCAGUUGGACCGUUCCUGUGGCACGGCCAAUUGUGAGUUUAACUGUGAGGAGACCGCUAAGGGAUACCGAUGCAAGUGUCCAAAUGGUUACCUGCUGGCCCCUAAUGGACACAACUGCCUGGAUGUCGAUGAGUGUCUCCAGACGCCGUGCCCCCACAUAUGUGUCAACGUUCCAGGCACUUUCGAGUGCCGCUGCAACGAGGGCUAUGAGCCGGAUGAAGACGGCGAGUGUGUGGACAUCGACGAAUGCAAAGAAUCCAGCAGCUGUGAACAUCAGUGUGAAAACACAGCUGGCUCCUUCACCUGCCGCUGCCGCCAGGGCUUCGCUAAGCUGCCCGGUGAUUCGGACCUCUGCCAGGACAUAGAUGAAUGCCAGAUCUCCACAAGCUGCGAACAGUUGUGUCUCAACUAUGUAGGUGGUUUUGAAUGCGUUUGUGAGGCAGGGUUUGAGCUGCAGGCAGACCAACGGUCUUGUAUUGCCAUUUCGGAGGGCGAUGAUGAGUAUUCUGCAGCUACCUUACCCUACCAAACCUCCAUCACCUGGGCCCCCGAAUUCCCAGACUUUAUACCAGGCAUAACACCUUUGGAGUGGCUACCAGAGCAGACCAUCACUGAGAGGCUUCCAACUGACCUGGGCUGGUUUACAGAAGCCCCUCAGGAGGAGACAAUUUCUACAGCGAUUCCUAACAGGCCAUCAGAGGACCAUAACUUACCGUGGGAUGUUCUCACACGGAAAAAGCCCGCUCAGGACCCUGUCACACCCUCAGCCAGCUCCUCCAAGGAAGAUGACAACACAAAUAGCCAAGCAGGUGAUCCUGCUGUGGUGCUGAGGGUUAGCGACGGCCAGCGCCCAGCAGUCAAGAAUGACAAGGGAGUUGGGAGUGUGGUAGAAACCCUUGACAGUGACCCAGGGGUCAAGGCCACCCCUACCAGAUUCAGUGUCCCACCUCAAGCCCAAACAACGACAUUUGCACCAGAGGACGAGCAGUCUGAAAGUAGGGGGAAAAAGAAGCAUGACAAGAGCUGGCUACUAGUAGCACUCCUGGUGCCCCUGUGUGUUUUCAUCGUGGUGAUGCUGGCUCUGGGCAUUGUAUACUGCACUAGUUGUGCUGUAGAACAAAACAAGAGUAUCACUGACUGUUAUCGCUGGAUCAUCACCUCCAAGUCAGAGGACAAAAACAAGGCAAAAUCUCGUGCUUGAUCAACAGAGGGAAUAUUUUUAUAUAUAUAUAUAUAUAUACAUAAACAGUUGAGAAGGGAAUGAAUUAAAGACAUGGUUGAAUAAAGGACACUGACAGGGUCCAGAUCAGCCUUCUGAUGGCCUCUGGAAUCACUGUGAAACUGGAUGUCUAUAUAAUCCUGUGGAACAUUAAAGUGUCCCUGUCCAUCUACAGAUAAUGCUUAUUUUGGUGCUUCAAAAAUCACUGCAACAUAAAUUAAGUGGUGUAUUUUUGGACAGUGGAAAUUACAUUGUCGAGAGGAAGGAGUUCCUUGUUCACUGCUGGUGCCUAUUUCACCGGCAUCAGAAUUUUUUUUAUACAACUGUUAAUUCAACAGGUGCUACAUUUUACAAUAUUAUGUAUUGUAAACCUCGUUAUUGAGGUUGCCCAUAAUGAACAGAUUAUUGAAUGCUAAUUUAAGACAAACAGAUGGCAAACAAGCCAGAACAUUAAUUGUAUGGAGGUUAAAAGCAAAACUGCAAGAUAAACGCUCCAGUUAAACAAUAUUUGGUUGCAGUUUUUAAUGUGUACCCACUUGUGUUAGGCCUAAAUUGAAUUAUGUUCUUCUGGGUAUGUUGCACUGAACAUGCAUUUGGAUUUUAAUAAAAUCAAUAAACCAUU